CUGGAUUUUAAUAUAUUUAACUAGCUGGAACAUUGUUCAACUUAAGUAUUCACAGUUAAAAUAAAAUCACAGGCACAAAACAGUAGAAAACAUGGACUGCGCUCCCCUUAAUUUGGCCCACUUCCACGAGCGACGAUCAGAGCGUUUUAUACGCAAUCAUCGCUACGAGGAGGCCAUCAAGGCGCUGGAAACCUCCUUAAUUUACAUGCAGGAUGCCCAAAAGAGGGUUUCGUUGCCCAAAUCCAAGGAGGUUCUGGACACCCUCACACUGGAUUUUCAAAGGAAACUGCGACAAAUUGAGAUGCGGAAAACUCAGCAUGGCUUAAAUAAACUAAAGGACUUUGCUCCUUUAAAGGAAACCAGUCCCAUGUUGCCGCUCCGACCGGAGAACAGCAGUAGUGGCGGCGCCAGCAGCGGAGGAGCCUUGGGCUCUGCUCAAUCCGUUGCCAAGGCAAUUGACAAAACAGUGCAGGAUUUUGAUGCCAAGUUCACCUCCACCCUGGUGACAAAGGCCACCUUGGCAAGUUCGGAACCUCAAAUGGAGACGCUUAAGAAGAGCGAAGAUCCUGCGGCGGAGGGUGACGAGGUAGAUCCCCACGAGCAUCGCCUGACUGGGAGCGGUGACCUGGACCUGCCUUCGCUGGCUCCCCUGGAGUUGCCCUCUUUCGAUUAUACCUUGUUUACUAGUUCCUCCGCUCCCUCGUUGGCUAGUUAUGCCGGGAUGGCUGAGAGCUUCCAGAAGUAGUUUAAAAUUUAAUAUUUCCUGUCCUUCAUUUUUGAUUUUUUUUUUUUUAAAUUACUAUCUAAAUUGUUCGGUAAAAGAGACUGUUGUAUUAACUUAACAAAUAAAUAUUAUUAUUCCUGUAAUUUUAAGUCAUAUGUUCACCCAUAUUCAUUAAAUAUACCUUUUAAAUA